CCUGCAGACGAAGGCAUGGCGAGCACCGAGACUAGAAGGGAGUGUGAGACAGAGGGCUGCAGUAAGGACGCCAAACUUCAGUGUCCCACAUGUAUCAAGCUUGGUAUUCAAGGCUCCUAUUUCUGUUCACAGGAAUGUUUCAAAGGGAGCUGGGUGUCGCACAAGUUGCUGCACAAAAAAGCAAAGGAGGACAAGAACCAGAUUGAAACUAAGAACUGUGUGGAGAAGGACAUCAACACAGACCCAUGGCCAGGCUACCGCUACACAGGAAAACUACGCCCUCACUACCCACUGACUCCCAUGAGGCUUGUACCAAGUGACAUCCAAAGACCUGACUAUGCUGAUCAUCCCAGAGGGAUGUCCGAGUCUGAGCAGUUUCUGAAGGGAACGUCACAGAUCAAGAUUCUUUCUCCUGAGGACAUUGAGGGCAUGAGAGUAGUGUGCAAGCUGGCUCGCGAAGUCUUGGACAUUGCAGCCAUGAUGGUGAAACCAGGUGUUACAACAGAAGAAAUCGACCACGCUGUGCAUCUGGCCUGUACAGCAAGGAAUUGCUACCCAUCCCCUCUCAACUACUACAACUUCCCCAAAUCCUGCUGCACAUCUGUCAAUGAAGUCAUCUGUCAUGGCAUCCCGGACAGAAGACUACUGCAAGACGGAGAUAUCCUCAAUGUGGACAUCACCGUCUACCACAACGGUUUCCAUGGUGACCUCAACGAAACCUUCUUUGUCGGAGAGGUGGAGGAAGGAGCAAAGAAGCUCGUUCAGACCACAUACGAAUGCCUUAUGCAAGCCAUCGACUCUGUGAAGCCCGGUAUUCGUUACAGAGAGUUGGGUAACAUCAUCCAGAAGCACGCUCAGGCCAACGGCUUCUCUGUGGUGCGGAGCUACUGUGGCCACGGUAUCCACAGACUUUUCCACACCGCUCCCAACGUGCCACACUAUGCCAAAAACAAAGCAGUUGGAGUCAUGAAGCCUGGCCAUGUGUUCACCAUUGAGCCUAUGAUAUGUGAAGGUGGCUGGCAAGACGAGACGUGGCCUGACGGCUGGACGGCGGUGACCAGAGACGGGAAGCGCUCGGCUCAGUUCGAACACACUCUGCUGGUGACGGAGACCGGCUGCGAGAUCCUCACCCGCCGCUUGGAGGAGAACGGUCGAGCUCAUUUCCUGAGUCAAAUGUAGGCCGGAACCGGAGCACACCAAGGACUGGACUUUGCAGACACAGACACCCACACCUCUGGGUCUCACACGCAAACACUCGCACACACAUCUCAAACAAGAGGCACCACUCCUAGAGCUCAGUGUAACUGUGGCUCUCAUUGGUCUUUGCAUUAAAUAUCGGUUCCUCAAACUAAAUGGAAGUACUUGAAUGUGUUUUACAUCAAAUGUGGAUUGCUUUAUUAGUGAAAACUGUAUCCUUGAAGGAAAUAUGAGAGUAUUUAUAAGAUUUGGUUCUGCUUAGUGGUCGGGCUUUACAUCAGACCUGUUCUGAUCUCUGAGUCAGGGCGCCCAGAGCUUUUACCGGCUGGCUAGUUGUUGUCUGUGGUGUGUGGAGCUCAGGGCAAAUCCAACUAGUAUGGCAUGCUUCGCUUCUAUUCUCUCAUUGUCUGCUGAUGUAAUCAGACUUCAUAAGAAUUUACCAGAGAUGGACUGAAAAGAACCAGCAAUAGUAGAGACACAGGAGAAAUCCAGGGAACAGGGUCAACAAGUUGCACAAGCUCACCAACUAACUUAUUUUAGAGCUUCGACAUAACACCAGGCUGAAAACUUUGCUAACUUUAAACCACCCUGUUACCAUUUAGAAGCAGUUCAACAGCGUUUAAUACAUUGUUUAUAACACGCUGUAAAGUAGUUGUAAGCAGAUCUCAGUAUUAUUUACUUUGUCAACAACUAUAACUCCUUCUGUGGGAACCCAUAUGUAGAUGCUGGUAUUAAUUACAAUAUGGUAAAACACAGUUGUUAUUAUUUAAAAUCUGUCUUUUUAUAGAAGUUGUAAUUGUUGAUGAAUACUGUACAUUAAUAAACUCUUAGAAUGUCUUUAAAGUACAUGAAGUGUUCCCACAAAUUUGAAUUUAGAUUUCAGGAAUAGUUUGACAUUUUAGAAAAUAUGCUUAUUUGCUUUUUGUUAUCUGUAAGUUAAAUAUGAAGCUACAGCUAGGAGAUGGUUACUUCAGCAUAGCCUAGCUUAGAAUAAACACAGGAAAUGGCUAGUCUGGCUCUAUACAACGUUAACAAAAAUACAAAAUACAAUACAAAAAUUUUCUACCAGCACAUAUUUGUACAGAAGCCAAACUGGAAAAACUAAAUUGUGGUUUUAGACAGGGGUUAUAUGUGCUGCUCAGAGAAAUAGUCAUGUAAUUCCUCAUAAAACCACAGCUUCUCAUUUUUACACUUACUUAACAGACAUUAAACAAACAAAUUACAGUAUAACAUUUCAUUUAAUGAGAUUUAGUGGUGCUCUUUGUGUAUACAGCCAGGAGGCGGUUACCUUAGCUUAGCAUAAAGACUGGAGCUGGGGAAACGGCUAGCCUGGGUCUGUCAAAAGGUAAAAACAGAAUUCAUCCGGCAGCACCUCUAAAACUCACUAACCAGUGCAUAUUAUACUGUAUUUCAUUCAAUGCAAAAAGUUUUUGUAUAAAUUGUGGCUUUAUAUUAGGAUUCUGCUUUUAAUGUUUUAACUUGAAGAGUUAUGUUAGCCUUUUCCCCCUGUUUACAGUUCUUAUUCUAAGCUAGGCUAAGCUAAACUAGCUGUCUCCUGGCUAAAGCUUCAUAUUUAACAGACAGAUAUUAGAGUGGUAUUGAUGUUCUUAUCUAACUCUUGGCAAGAAAGCAAAUACAUGUAUUUCCCAAAAUGGUGAAAUAUUUGAUUAAUUUAUGUACUUGUUAUGAAAAUAAUCAAUAAUCAGCUGAUUCAGUGCUUCAUGCCAGCCUGUUGGCUAGUUAACAACAGUACCAGGCCAACUACCACCGUCAUAUCUUCCUUUCGAUAUGUCCAGUAGAAGCAGUCCAACUCAAUUGUUACAUCCUGAAUGUGGCUAUUAUUAGCGCACAGCUAGUUGAGGACGUCAGUGAUGGUUGCUAGGAGAAUUGUGAUGCAACCAAAGAGCAUCUAGGUAGAUAUCCAGAGUAAGACUAAUGACGACUGAGCUCAAAGUCAUUCAAGUGCUGAACUUGUAAAUCCUGCUUUGAGGAAUACUCCUCUGGUGUCUCGUGUUUCCAAUAGCCCUGGUGUAGCAAAUUGAGCCUUAAUGUGUGAAUCUAGGAAUUAAGAGUUGCCAGAUGUCUCGAGGCACGUUGACUGAUAUUUCCCCCAUAUCUCGACAGUCACCAUUUACCUUGAUGUGGGGAUUUUCCUGGUGUGAGCAGCAUUCAUUAUUUCUACAUUUUCAGAGGACUAAUGUGAUCACAGUUUCUCUGCCAUCUUUGUAUUUCUUCUAAUGGAGUAAUAAAUGACUCUUCUUUA